AUGAAGACUGACAUACUAGGAAUUGUAAUGGGAGUUUUUGUGUUUCUGGGCACGGCCUUUUCGAUUGGGUCUGUGAGUUGGUGCGAAACGGCCAAGUUUACGCUCGCCGGGCCAAAGGCACGAAAGAUCAAUUUUGGAUUGUGGAAGUACAACUCCUAUCAGUUCAUCACCAAUGUCAACACGGGGGAAAUUUGGCAAGUGGAAACCUGCAACUCGUAUCCGGACGGCACGGAAAAGGAUUCCCACUGGAAGGCCGCCCAAGCCUUUAGCAUUAUUGCACCCAUCUGGGGUGCCUUUGCCUUUUGCCCAAUUCUGGCAGCCAGCAAGAGUCCCAUUAUGGCCAAAAUAUCGGGUGUACUGCUCCUGUUGGCGUGUCUCUUCCAGGGUCUGACGUUACUGUUUCUGAAAAGCAAUCUAUGCAAUGCCCGCACCAAUCCAUUUUUUGGAUCCUCCAUUUUACAAUCUACCGGGUUGGUUUCCCUUACCACAGAAGAACAAUGCGAAGUUGGGCGCAGUGCCAUUGUGGGUAUUGUUGCCAUGUGCCUAUGGUUUCUGGGAGGGAUCUUGGCAAUUGUCACUCCUGUAGAACCCGUGCCAGACUAUUAA